CUCAAGGAGAGAAGGUAAAGCUUCGGUCCUGCGCCUUCUUCUGUAUUAGAACGCGGCUUUUUACAGGUUCCUGUGAGGUCGCUGUCACUCAGAGGCUCUGUGACGACAUGCAUCUGUACGUUUAACCGUUAAUGUGGAGAUAAACGUUUCUGCCGUGACUUUGUUCACUGCUUUCUGAGGACUGGGGGCUCCUGCUGUGUUUUCGAGGAUUAGCUAGCUAGCCCGCCGCUAGCAUCCCAUGCUAAGACGACGUGGGUGUUCUUUCUUCGGUUAAGCUAGUUCAGUUAGCAAGUUAACAUUGCGAUAUGCAGCCAUGCUGAGUUCUUAAUACUACGGGUUUAAGCAUUAUACACUAAGUGUGUGUAUGCUAUAUUUGAGAAGCGAGAUAUUGACUGUCGCCUCACAAUGUUGUGUUCGCCGGUAGGCGCAAUUUAUGCUACUAGCAACACUAGUGCUUGCUAGCUAGCGACGCAGAAGGCUAUAUAUGUAGCAGUAGGUCAAAUCACUGGUUGGGUCGAAGCCGGGUCCUACCCUGAUGUCAGCAGCCUGGCAGACAAACUGUUCCUCAGUGUAACCAGACUUGGGACCUUAAAGGAUUCUUAAAUAUUUGUACACAGGUCCACAUCCGCCUCCCCAUGCAGAACUCCAAGAAAUGAAUAAAGCACCACAACCUAUAACGGGACCCCCCUCCAUCCCCCACCCGGCCCCCUCCCCUGGCCUGUCACAGCCCUCAUACCCCCCCGGGCAGCCCCCUUCUGUUGUGUUUGCCUCCCCGCCGCCUCCACAAAUGAACCCAACACCACAGACCCGGCAGUUUGCCCCAGGGCCCCGACCUUUACACCAACAGGGAAACUUCAGGUCGCUACAGCCCUACUACACCAACAGGGCCAGCUUGCCUCCUGGUAGUGGGCCGCGAGGUGUCCCUCCAAACAAUGCCCCUCGACCCGUGACGCCCACCCAUGUCUACCAGCCAGGCCCUGGCUCCCAAAUGAUGAUGAUCCCUGGGCAACAGUUGCCCUUCCCCAACUCGCCUCAGGGACCCGCCUACUUCAUACCGGGACAGUACCGGUCAGCUACCUACGUGGCCACACCCCAGCAAUACCCAGUCCCAGCAGGCACCCCAGGCUUCUACCCAGCCACCAGCCAAGCUGAAUAUGGUACUUAUGCAGGGGCCUACUACCCUGCCCAGCCACAGUUCACCCCCUCGGUGCAGGCGGCGCCGGUUAUUAUGAACCCUGCCCCUCAACAGCAGCAACCACCACCUCAGCCUCCACAACACAUCCCCACGAAACGGGAACGCAAACCGAUAAGAAUAAGAGACCCAAACCAAGGAGGUCGAGACAUUACAGAGGAGAUUAUGUCAGGGGGCCGUAGUGGCUCUACCCCAACCCCACCACAGACAGCCAUAUCUGGAUCCGAAAACACAGCAGUGGCACAGGCCAACGGUGAGAGUGUCCCAGCUGACGAUACACCAGCACUGGUUAGACCAGAUGACAGUGGUAAACCUACGCCUCCUCCUCAGUCGAAGACCCCUGACCUGUCAAAGGGCGACUCUUUCCCCACAGAGGCUGCAUCCUUUAACACGAACACUAAGGCCCCUGCAACCCCUCUAAUAUCAGAAGCAGUGGACAUCCCUGACAACACUAUAUCUGCCCUUGCACCCAGUGCUCCUGUUGCAGAUGUGAUGGACACUCCAUCACCUCCACGGGAGCCCACUCCAACACCUCAAUCAGCACCUGAAGUGCCAGCCUACCCUGCACCCCUUCCUGACCCUGUCCCUGGCUGUACCGGACAGGACAAAACAUUCAAGGAAGCAGCAGAGGAGGAGGAAGAGGUAAAGACCGAGACAGAAGAGGCAGCUGCCUCCUUGGACACACCUCUUAACCCUCUCUCUAACACUAACGGCGUUUCAAUGGCUGAGCCAGAACAGUCUUCUGUCUCCAGUGACCUGGAAGCUCCUCUGGAGUCUCCCAUUGCACAGCCCGAGGAGCUCCGCCUUCCAAAUGGCCUGCCACUGCCAGCCCCUCAAGACCCAGAGGCCCCUGCCAUCGGUGAAGCCGAGCAUGACGACAGCCCCAUCGCAGAGCCUGUCAUGGAAAUCUCUACAGCCAUCAUUCAGGCAGCGUCUACACCUAUUGUCCAAGCUGCACCAUCACCUGUUGACCAGCCUGCACCCGCCUCUGUACCCGCCUCUGCUCUCGCCCUUGCUCUCGCCCCUGCUCUCGCCCCUGCAGCCGCCCCUGCAGCCGCCCCUGCCGCGGCCCCUGCAGCGGCCCCUGCCGUGGCCCCUGCAGCCGCCCCUGCCCCUGCCCCUGCAGCCGCCCCUGCACCAUCCCCUGCACCAUCCCUUGCACUCACAGCUGCAACAUCCCCUGUAGCUGCCGUUUUACCCGACCCUAUAACCACACCUGUGACCGACCCUUCACCCAAACCUGCACCCGAACCCGGACUCGCACCUUCUGUCCAGGAGAUUCCCGCUGAGCCAGUCGUCCAUGCAGCGCCUGCGCCAGCUGAGGUAGAAGACUUGGUUCCUCAAGUCCGCCUGGAAUUAAAGGAAGAUCCCUCAGUGCCCCUGUCCACCGCCAAGGAAGAGAUGCCAUCUCCUGCAGAGACGGUUUCUAUAGCUGACAGCACACAAGAAACCACUCCUCCUACUCACAUGGCAGAGGAGAGGGAGGACACCCCUCCUCCUGAGACAGUCACCCCUGCCCUUGUAGAAACUACUGUGCAAGCUGCUGUGUCUGUGCCAAAAAAAAAGAGAAAGAUGAAGGAUCUGAACAAAAAGGAUGCCGUGGGUGACUUGCUGGAUGCCUUUAAAGAGGAGCAGGUAGUGACCCCACCGGAGCCCGAGCCCUCCCCAGCACCAGAGCCUCAGCCCCCUGCUCCGACCCCUCCUGCCCCAGAGGAGCCGGACCUGAACUGGGAGGACAAGGAGGACAAGGAGGAAAAGGCGGACAAGCUGGAUGAUGAGAAGAAUCAGCCAGACGAUCCCACUGACAAGAAGUACCAGUUCAAAAUGGAACAAUGGAUGCCACUUAACGCUGAAGAGAAGAAGAAAUAUGACAGGGAGUUCCUUCUGGGCUUCCAGUUCAUCUCAGCCAGCAUGAACAAGCCUGAGGGUCUCCCAGCCAUCAGUGAUGUUGUCCUGGAUCAGGCAAAUAAGGCCCCUAUGCGUCAACAUGACCCCAGUCGUCUGGCAGGAAUGAGCUCUGGUCCUGACUUCACACCCUCCUACGCCAAUCUUGGCAGGUCUGGCAUGGGAGGAGGAAACAGAGGACCACCUCCAGGAAUGGGAGGAGAGCGAGGAGGAGGAGAGCGAGGAGGAGGAGAGCGAGGGGGAGGAGAGCGUGGAGGAGAUCGAGGAGGAGGAAUGGGAAUGGGAGCUGGUGGUCCACGCCGCUCUCAGCAAAUGCAGAGGAAAGAGCCAAGGAAGAUCAUCACCAGCUUUUCGCUACAUGACGAUGUGCAGCUGAACAAGGCAGAGAAGGCCUGGAAACCCUCAGGGAAGAAAGUUGUUCACAGUCGCGAUGUAGAGGAGCCUGAGGGGGACGACUCAGAGCAGGGCAAGACGCAGGAGCUGUUCAAACGGGUCCGCAGCAUCCUCAACAAGCUGACCCCUCAAAAGUUUCAACAACUAAUGAAACAGGUUACUGAUCUGACCAUUGACACAGAGGAGCGGUUAAAAGGAGUCAUAGAUCUAACCUUUGAAAAGGCCAUCUCCGAGCCAGACUUUUCGGUGGCCUAUGCCAACAUGUGCCGCUGCCUUAUGGGGCUCAAAGUCCAAUCCGCAGAUAAGCCGGGCAUGAAUUUCCGCAAGCUGUUGCUAAAUCGAUGCCAAAAGGAGUUUGAAAAGGACAAAGAUGACGAUGAAAUCUUUGAGAAGAAACAGAAGGACCUGGAUGCUGCGACAGGGGAGGAGGAGAAGCUGCGCCUCGUUGAGGAGCUAAAAAAUGCUAAAGUCCAGGCCAGGAGGCGCUCGAUGGGUAACAUUAAGUUCAUCGGUGAGCUGUUCAAGCUUAAAAUGCUCACAGAGGUCAUCAUGCACGACUGCAUCGUAAAGCUGCUCAAAAACCAUGAUGAGGAGUCCCUGGAGUGCCUGUGUAGACUGUUGUCAACCAUUGGCAAGGACCUAGACUUUGAGAAGGCCAAGCCUCGUAUGGUCCAGUAUUUCAAUCAGAUGGAGAAAAUAAUAAAGGAUAAGAAGACCUCCUCUAGGAUCCGCUUCAUGUUGCAGGAUGUGCUGGACCUUCGACGGAACAAUUGGGUUUCCCGGCGAGGCGACCAGGGCCCAAAGACCAUUGACCAGAUUCACAAAGAGGCAGAACAGGAGGAGCAGAGGGAGCAGAUGAAGGUGCAACAAGCUUACAUCUCCAACAAGGACUUUGGUCGUGGUGGUGGUGGUGGUCAAGGAGGAAGGAUGGGCGGUGGAGGCGGCGGAGGAGGUGGUGGAGGCAGAGGGGGACGCGGGGGGGAUCACACCCCAGGCCGCAGUAAUCCCCCCCAGGACGAAGGCUGGAACACUGUGCCCAUCUCAACGAAGAACCGACCCAUUGACACCUCGCGCCUUAGCAAAAUCACAAAGACUCCUGCUCUUGACUUCAACAGUCAGUUGCUUGCCCCAGGAGGCAAAGGCACAUGGGGGAGCUGGGGUAAAGGCAGCAGCGGUGGCUCCAGUGCCAAACCCGCAGAUGCUGAUGCAGCCCCAGGCUCAGAGCCAGGAAAUCGUCCAGCCACCAGCACUGUGAACCGAUUCUCAGCCCUGCAGCCGGCUCAGUCCUCCUCUGGCUCUUCACAGGACUCCGACAGACGAGUUCCUCAGAGAAACAGCUCGAGUAGAGACCGUGGUGACCGCUUUGAACGCUCGGAUCGCGGCGGCGACCGACGUGAUGACCGUGAUCGCAACCGGCUACAGGUCACCAAACGAAGCUUCAGUCGGGACAAAGAGGAGCGGAGCCGUGAGAGAGAACAUCGCGGGUCGGCCGAUCCCGUCCGCAGAGUAGCGAGUAUGACAGACGACAGAGACCGAGGCAGCAGAGAGAGAGCCACGAGCAAAGAGACUGUGAAGCGGGAGACAACUGCCACCCCUCCCCCUCCCCAGACCCCCACCGCGCCUGCCUUGACUGAGGAAGAGCUGGAAAAGAAGUCGACAGCCAUCAUCGAGGAGUAUCUGCACAUCAACGACAUGACGGAGGCACUGCAGUGCGUGCGGGAGAUGAACAGCACUCAGCUGCUUUUCGUGUUUGUACGAAGCGGGCUGGAGUCGACGAUGGAGCGCAGCACCAUCGCCAGGGAGCGCAUGGGCCUGCUGCUGCACCAGCUUAUGAAGACCGGCAUCCUCUCAACACAGCUUUACUUUAAAGGGCUUAAGGAAAUCCUGGAGGUGGCUGACGACAUGGCAAUAGACAUCCCCCACAUCUGGCUGUACCUGGCAGAGCUGCUCGCUCCCAUGCUCCUUGAGGGCGGUAUCCCAAUGGGAGAAUUUUUCAGGGAGAUUUCAAAGCCUCUUAUCCCUCUGGGAAAAGCUGGAGUCCUACUGGUCCAGAUCCUCACUAUACUCUGCAAAGGAAUGAGCCAUAAAAAGAUAGGAGCAAUGUGGAGCGAGGCAGGCCUCCGCUGGAAUGACUUCCUGCCUGAGGAUGUGGACGUCAACAAGUUUGUGACAGACGAGAGUGUGGAGUUCACACUGGGUGACGAGUCAGAGAAGGGCAAAAAGGUGGAGCUGAGCAAUGCAGAGCUGGCCAGACAGCUGGAAAGACUCUUCAAGGACAAGGCCGACAACCAGAGGAUCUUCGACUGGAUUGAGGCCAACCUAGAUGAGCAGCAGGCCUCCUCCAACAUGUUCAUCAGAGCUCUCAUGACCUCCGUCUGCCAGUCAGCUGUCAUCAGUGAGAACCCCUACAAGGUGGACAAUGAGCAGAUCAAACAAAGGGCCAAAAUUCUGCAGAAAUACCUGAAGGACGAGCAGAAGGAGCUGCAGGCUCUCUACGCUCUGCAGGCCUUCAUGGUCGAGCUGGAGCAACCUGCCAAUCUGCUGCGGGGGUUCUUUGACACCCUUUACGAUGAGGAUGUGAUCAAAGAGGAUACCUUCUACAAGUGGGAGUCAUGCAAAGACCCCGCCGAGCAGCAGGGCAGAGGCGUGGCCCUCAAGUCCGUCACUGCCUUCUUUACUUGGCUCCGCGAGGCCGAGUCCGAGUCCGACAACAGUUAGGCCCCCGGCCACUAGAAGACUUGCCGGGACCUCGGCUCCACGGAGAGAGUGAAUGUUCUGUGGAGGAUUCAGAAGAAUCUGAAUCUGCAAAAUCCUUCUGCAUAAACAGAAAAAAGCCAGAAAAAAAUUCUUCACCUGGGAGAGAUUGUAUUAUGGAUCGAACUUUCGAUCAUCUUAUUUUUUCGUUAUUAUUUUGUUUUGGUUUUUUUUUUUUUGUUUGCGCUACAGAAUGUCUUUUCUUUUUUUUUAUAUAUAUAAAUGCGAUCGCAGGCUUAAAUCGAGAGAGUAGACAUGAGAGAUAAUGUUGACAAGUUACGGUUAGUCUGUUUUUCAAAUGGCUUCUCACAACGGCGACACUAUUCAAGACAUUUUGCUUUAUGACAGAUAUAAAGAAGAAAACUUUAAGAGGCUGUUCACAUCUAUAUUUUUGAUGACUUCAUUCUUUAUCUCGGAGAGACAUGACUCAGCAACUUUGUCAUGUCACGUGUUUGAUGUUUGAUCUACAUGAUGCGCUUAUGUAGAUGGUUAGUUUAUUGUUUCCUUCUUUCCAGUGUUGGAUGAUUGGAGUGUGUUUUAUACGAAAAUAGAAAACUACAAAGAGAAGUGGCGAGGACUGUCUAAUGGAUAUUUCAGACUGGAGCGGUUGUGGACUGUACGGACUUCAGACUUUAUAAGGGUGGUGUCACUGAGGAGAGGGCCAAUGAACAUUGACCAUUUUGCUGCUGGGGGGGCAAUGAUGCUUCCCUCAUGCCCCUCAACCCCACCCCAAAGACCCCUACUGACCCUCCCCUCCGUGUGUCUGAUUUACUUGUUUCCUGCACUUCGAAGGAACAAACUGUGGACUGGGAAGAGGAGAGCAAGGGCUCACGGCUGCAUCCUCCUACAAAGCCUGUUGAUGGAUUUUAAAAAUAUAAAAUAUCGCUAUUAAAACUAGAAAAAAAGUAUACAGACAAAAAAAAUCCACUUUAAUGAAAAAGGACUUUAAAAAAAAGUAGAGUUAAACAGUACGAAUCCUAAGGCCUUUUCUGCUUCCAAGAGUGAAAAAUGCAUUUCAGGAGAGUUCUGUAAAUAUAUGACGGAUUGUUAUUUUUCUUUUGUUGUUGUUGGUUUUGUUUAGUUUUUUCUCAAAGAAAAUAUGCUAAUGUAAUUUCCCCCGCCUCUGAAACAAAGUGACAGUUUUCCCCUGUAUUUAUAUUUUUCUCUCCUCAGCUGGCAGAAGGUGCUUGUAAUUAUCCACCCCAAAUCCAGGAUUACAAUUAAUGAAAAUUUGUAAAUACUUUUUUGCUUUUCUUUAUUAAAAAGAUAUUUAAUUAAAGAAAAUGAAUGCCUCUUUUCACAUUCAGAACUGGAAGAGAUAAAGAUUGUUGCAAAUAAAAUGGAAAAAAAAGACA